AUGGAAGAAGAGAAGAAAACAGAAAAAAUAUCGGGUUCCUUAGAGGUAGAAACAGAAAGCAGCGAGGUCGAUGAAGGUUCUUUGCCCGGGAAAGGGGACUCUGCGGGGCCUAGCAUUUCGCACGAAGAGGAGGCGUAUCUGCCCAGCGCGAGCACCGAGGAGGAGCCUGACGAGGUGCACAAAAAUGCAUGUGAGGAGAAGCUGAGCGACGGGGAGGACUGUUCAGAGUCUAGCCAGGAGGAAAAGAGCGAGGAGCUCUCCGACAGCGAAAAGGGCGUCCUCUUCGUUCACGAGAACGGGGAAGGCUUCAAAGAAGAAGAGUCCGAGGAGGACGAAAGCAACUCCCAGAAAGACUCUGCCAGCAGCGAGCAUUCCAGCAUAGCAGAGGAAGGCGACAGCAUACCAGUGCCAAAGGAGAUGCACAUCUACUACGAUAAGGACGAGUCGGAAACAAGCGAGGAGGAGGACAUUAUAGAGGGCCGGGAAGAGACCACGCUUAGCAUACCGGAGGAGAGCGGAAAGAGAAAGAAGAAGUCCUCGGACGGGCUGAAAAAGAUCAUGAAGGAGUGCGCGAAUGAGCUUGAGAAGCAGAGAAAGCUUCCGGAGUGCAUGGUCAUGGAAGACACCAUAAUAAAAAUGCGAGAAAGAGGGUGGAAGCCCAACUGCAAGCCCCUGAUUUGGAAGUACAAGGUGGCAAAGUUUGCAGACGAGCCAGACGAGCUGAGCGAGGACUCCGUUCUGGAAAAGUUCAGGUGCCUGAUUGAAGCCCCGGAGUCAAAGCUUAGCAAAAGCAUCGGAGUAGACUCAAGAUACAGCAAGAAGGCGCAGAAAAAAAAGAAGUCCAUGGCGCUUGAAAUGCUUGGAGAGGCGAAGAGCCAGAUAAGCUCAAGCAGGCUGCUGGACAUGCAGAAGAUGAUGAGGCAGCGGGCGAAGGAGGAGAAAGAAAUGCAGAAUACAGCGCGAAACCUGCAUGUAAAGCUGAAAGAAAUUGGGUAUCAAACAGAGGCUUCUGAAAUACUUGCUCUUCUUACGCAGGAGUAUAUCUGUCAGAAAGCAGACAUAGUAAAGAAAAUUGAGGCCUCGAUAAACACGGUUUCAGCCAUAAACAGCAAGAAAGCGGAAAGCAUGCAGUACCUUUUAAAAUGCAUAGCGUUCGUAGAAGAAAAAUUUGAUGUAGACCAGAAGAAUAGGAACAUCUGUAUUGAAAAUGAAAAGAAAUAA